GCACAUGGAUAAUGCGAUAAUGUCAGCAGCAUCGCUCCACCGGACUCUUCCCGCGCUACCAGGGCAGCACUCCCGACCAGUUUUCCGGUCCAAAACCCGUCUGGUCCGAUGCUCCAACGAGCGCCAGGUGCUUUUUGAUCGCAUUGCUCCUGUCUAUGACAACCUGAAUGACUUGUUGACUGUUGGUCAGCACCGGAUAUGGAAAAGAAUGGCUAUUUCUUGGAGUGGAGCAAAAAAGGGAGAUAAUGUGUUGGAUGUAUGUUGUGGAACUGGAGAUUUAGCUUUUCUUCUAUGCGAUAAAGUUGGACCUACUGGCAAGGUGGUUGGUCUUGAUUUCUCAAAGGAGCAGUUAUUGAUUGCAUCUUCCCGACAGCAUUCACAAUCAAAGACUUGUUACGAAAAUAUCAAGUGGAUCGAGGGCAACGCAAUUGAUUUACCAUUUCCGGAAUCUUCCUUUGAUGCUGUUACUAUUGGCUAUGGACUACGAAAUGUGGUAGAUAGGCUUAAAGUAUUAGAGGAGGUAUGUCGAGUUCUAAAACCAGGGUCCAAAGUAUCUGCUCUUGACUUCAACAAGAGCACUAAUCCCUUCAGCACCUCCUUUCAGGAAUGGAUGAUUGAUUAUGUUGUUGUUCCAGCAGCUGAUAUUUAUGGCCUUGCAAAUGAGUACAGAUACUUGAAAAGGUCAAUAAAUGAGUUUUUAACAGGAAAGGAGUUAGAGAGGCUUGCGUUGAAUGCAGGCUUUUCUAGUGCAAAACAUUUUGAAACUGGUGGAGGACUCAUGGGGAACUUGGUAGCUGUACGAUAAGGAUACAUUCCCUAAUUCCUCUCGUCAGUGAGAGGUAUAUGGCUCUUGAUUUUUGCAUUUUUUUUAGUUGAUGCAGUGGCUCGGAAUUUUGGAAAAUUUUCCACGUCUAGCUCUGAUAUGUGUAUUUUGAAUGGUAAAUCGCAAGUGGCUACUGUAGUUGUAGCAUUUGCUUGUAAUUUUACGGAUUUUGCGGGUGUCCUUGACAAUGAUAAAAAGACAGAUAUAAUGUAUGUGAAAUUAAAAGCCGGACAAUGAUAAAUGCUAGCUGCAGCUACGUUCAAAUAUUCUGUGUUGGACCUGGCCUUCAUGCCUAUGAAAUUAUAAAGGAAUACAAACAAUGAUAGUCUCAGUUGGCCACCGGGGAGGGACCUUUGCCCGCCUUGUGUGUAGGCAAGGGUUUGAAACCUCUUGCCUGCAUUUUUCGUUCAGGAUUUCUUGGACCAUUUUCGGAGGUGGUUUAGUUCCUUUCGAGUUCUCAAUAGCUUAGUUGGGUUCCAUCCCAUCCCCCCCUGGUAUAAGAUCAUUUGUAAAAUGUUGUCCUCGAAAAAAAAAAUGAUAGUGAACGAAGGAAGAUCGAACGAAAAUGUAAUGACAAUUUUGCUAGCAAGCUGGACAAUACACACUCAAAGAAGUUUGCGACAGUCACAAACACAAACACAAAUUUUACAAGAAAAGGCGUAUGCUUGAUUUAUUAAAACUCUAGUAUGUACAAAAAGGAUAAGAUUUCUAAAGUAAAGAAUCAAAA